GGCUUCUUCCCCGACAGAACAGAACUGACGAAGGGAGGGGAAGGUUAUACGUCUUCAUAUUUAAGUGUUUUUAUCCCCACAAUCAUGACGGAAAAGGGAGAUGGAACGUCAGAUACAGUCUCCUUGCCCCCUACGUACGCCCCUUCCGAGGCUUACACGGAGUCGCCGCCCCCAGCGUACCGCGGCGGGACGAGUCAACGGCGGCAAGACAGUGCAGAUCGUGAAGCUUGUCUGUGUGACUGCUGUGGUGAUCGCCUUCCUCAGCGGCUUCUUCGUGCUGGCUUCUCACUACAUGAAGACCAGGGCGUGCUCCUGUGACCCACGCCCCCUGGUAAGUGCUGCUGGCGUAGCAGCGGAGGCCCUGGUGGGAGAGAAGGAGGUAGAGAAGAAGGAGGAGGAGGUGCAGGAUAACACUCUGGAUGCUGGAGAUGACCCCGUGCUGGGAGAUGAACAGACACCAACACAGGCACAGGUGGACGCCCUAGUGGAAGAGGUGGUGGAGGCAGAACAGCAGCUGGAGGAGGAGAUGAAGGAGGUGGUGGAUGAAGAGGAGGAGGCACUACAAGACAUCCUAAAAGCCCAGGCUGACCACAUGAAGAAAAUCCGCCUUCCAAUUGACCUUAUCAUGGGUAAUCCUAACCUGGCCGGCAGGGAGGUGAACUGUGAGGUGGAGCGACGACAGGUUCCCAUCGCACCGGGCAUCAUGUCCCAGACCAUCCUCGUCACCUGCAAAGAUGAUGACGACCAAAACAAGGCAGUCCCUCUUUCCAACGGCACACCAAACCGUCCCUUCCCCGCUCCCCGCCCCCCCAUGUCCCUUAUCGCGCCCCUUAUGAAGAUGCUGACCUCCCGCCCCGGCCCUCAGCCCAGACUAGUGCCAGUGUCUCUCCGCGGUCCCAUGCCUUUCAUAUCCCAAGGCAAAAGUGUGCUGGAGUUCCCAGUUAGGUCCCCGUUUUCUAUGCCCAUGCAGAAGACCCGCGUGUCCCCAGUAGUCGGUAUCUCCCCCAUGUCCGCCUCUGGCCCCGUAGUGAUGGCCCGCGCUAACCCCGAGGGACCAACAGACAGGAUGCUGCCCCGCCACCUCCAGCCCAUUGUGAGAAUUACCCCCCGUUUUCUCUCUCAAGCCAGGGACGACUCUGGUAAAAUUAAUCUGGUUGGUUUGCAAAGAGGCGCCCUCCCUCUCCCCCAGGCCCUCCCCCGCGCCCCGCCUCGCCCCGUCAGCCUCUCCCCCUUCCCCCCGCGCUCCGUCCUGCCCUCCUUCCUGCCCUUCAAAGUUCUGGGAGACACACCUUCAGGCCCAGCACGCCCACGCCCCGCCACGCACAUGGAAAUGAAUGCAGCUGAAGAGGAGAAGGACUUUGGGCCUCCCCGCGGACACACCCUGAUGCAAGAUGGCCGCCAGAUCAUCCCACCUCACCCUAACAGCCCAAUUCGCCCCCCGCCGCGCCUAAUUACUCUUCCCAAGGCCAUCCGGGUGCACUCACUCCCCAGGGACUCCCAAAUGAACUCCCCCGUGAACCCCCAGCCAAGUUUCGAAGCUUCACCUAUCCGUUUCGCACCAGAGGGUCGCCGCGCCCCCCUCCCCCCAAAUUGACUCCGACGCAGAGGUUAUCGCCCCCCCAUCCAGCCCUGACGCCUUCCCCCCUCUCCCCAACGCAAACAUCAUCUCCUUAUGGUUAAUUAAGGGGUAAUGAUUCUCUCUCUCUCUCUCUCUCUCUCUCUCUCUCUCUCUCUCUCUCUCUCUCUCUCUCUCUCUCUCUCUCUCUCUCUCUCUCUCUCUCUCUCUCUCUCUCGUUUCUUUUAUUACUUUUUUUUGUUUUCUGUCUCUCUCUCUCUCUCUCUCUCUCUCUCUCUCUCUCUCUCUCUCUCUCUCUCUCUCUCUCUCUCUCUCUCUCUCUCUCUCUCUCAGAUCAAAGAAAACAAAGAAAAUUCCAAUAAAAAGAACUAAUUAUUAUUAUUAUUAUCAUUAUUAUUGUUAUUAUUAUAAAAUAAUUUGACAGAAUUUUCAUUUAUUUAUGUAUUUAAAAUGUUUUCCAAAGUACUUAAGGAAAAAAUGGCAGCUAUAUUUUUUUUAUGUUAAAAUUAAGUUUGAAAGGAAAGACUUAAGUUCAUUUAGUUCAUUUUAAUUUGUUAUUUUAUUUCAAUACUCUUAUUUUUCAUUUUAUUAUUAUUUAUUUAUUUUAACGUAAGCUUUUCAUCCAGUGUGCUUCCAUUUGAUGUCAAGAAAAACACCGAUAACAAACAAACACUGUUACUGUCAUUAUUUAUCACAGAAAUUCCUUACAUUUCCAGAAUAAAAGCCUACUAUUACUACUACUACUACCACUGUAUCAUAAACAAAAAGUCUACAUGUAGCGUAGAAUAAUAUAACGAUAUAGAACAUAAUAUUCUCUAAUGAAAAAAACAAACUUAUAAAAUGAUAUAUUACUACCAUUUUGUUAUUCCGUGUUUUCCCUUCCUUAGUUUGUGGUUCUGUUGGAAACUUUUCAAAACCAAGCAGAGCAAAGCGACAUUCCUUAUUUUGGAUACGAAAAAAAAAAAAAAAAGAUAUAUAUUCUUAAAAAAAUUC